CCUUCCCCUCCGCUCCCCGCGGCCCCGCUGCUGGGCCGCACAGCCCCGCCCGCGGCAUGAAGGCGGCGCCCGGCGGCGCUGAGGAGACGGAGAAGCUGAACAAGAUGAGCACCCUCUUGGAAAGACUCCAUGCAAAGUACAACCAGAACAGGCCCUGGACAGAAACCAUGAAGUUAGUGCGUCAAGUCACGGAAAAGCGCGUUGUGAUGAACUCAGGGGGCCACCAGCACCUGGUGAGCUGCUUGGAGACACUGCAGAAGGCCUUGAAAGUAUCUUCUCUGCCUGCCAUGACAGAUCGCCUGGAGUCUAUAGCUAGACAAAAUGGGCUGGGAUCUCACCUUAGUGCCAAUGGCACUGAAUGUUACAUCACUUCAGACAUGUUCUAUGUGGAAGUCCAGUUAGAUCCUACAGGGCUGCUGUGUGAUGUCAAGGUGGCUCACCAUGGAGAAAACCCUGUGAGCUGUCCAGAACUGGUGCAACAUCUGAGAGAGAAGAACUUUGAUGAGUUUUCUAAGCAUCUGAGAGGACUGGUGAACCUGUAUAAGCUGCCAGGAGACAACAAACUGAAAACUAAAAUGUACUUGGCUCUGCAGUCCUUAGAGUUGGAUCUCUCAAAAAUGGCAGGGAUGUACUGGCAAGCCACCAACGCCAACCCCUUGGACAAGAUUCUCCAUGGCAGCGUUGGCUAUCUCACCCCCAGGAGCGGAGGUCUCCUGAUGAACCUCAAAUAUUACGUCUCACCCUACGAUUUGUUUGAAGAUGGCUCUGGAGCCCCUGUUAUUUUACAUGAGAACAAUGUCCCUCGCUCGCUGGGGAUGAACGUGUCGGUCACCAUUGAGGGCACCAUGGCCAUGUACAAACUUCCAAUCGCCCCACUCAUCAUGGGCUCCCAUCCAGUUGACAGCAAAGGAACUCCGUCGUUCUCGUCCAUCACUAGUGCCAACAGUGUGGAUCUACCAGCUUGUUUCUUCCUGAAAUUCCCACGUCCCAUCCCAGUGUCUCGAGCUUUCAUUCAGAAGCUUCAGGGCUGCACAGGUAUUCCGUUGUUCGACACACCACCAACAUUUGUGCCCUUGUAUGAGCUGAUCACGCAGUUUGAGUUAUCCAAGGAGGCUGAUCCAGUACCUUUAAACCACAAUAUGCACUUCUAUGCAGCUCUUCCAGGACAGCAGCACUGUUACUUUCUGAACAAAGAUGCUCCUCUCCCAGAUGGAAGAAGCCUCCAAGGAACUCUGAUCAGUAAAAUCGCCUUCCAGCACCCAGGCCGGGUCCCACUCAUCCUCAGCCUCAUCCGGCACCAGGUGGCCUAUAACACCCUCAUCGGCAGCUGUGUCAAGAGGACAGUGCUGAAGGAAGAUUCCCCUGGGAUCCUGCAGUUUGAAGUCUGCCCACUCUCUGACUCCUGUUUCAGUGUCUCCUUUCAGCAUCCCGUGAAUGACUCCCUGGUCUGCGUGGUAAUGGAUGUGCAGGACUCCACGCAUGUGAACUGUAAGCUCUACAAGGGGCUGUCUGAUGCUCUGAUCUGUACAGAUGAUUUCAUUGCCAAGGUUGUGCAAAGGUGUAUGUCCAUCCCUGUCACCAUGAGAGCAAUCCGGAGGAAAGCAGAAACCAUUCAGGCUGACACACCAGCCUUAUCCCUCAUUGCAGAGACAGUCGAAGAUAUGGUGAAGAAAAACCUCCCCCCAGCCAGCAGCCCGGGGUAUGGCAUGACCACAGGCACCAACCCCCUGAGUGGUACCACUACCCCAACCAACACUUUUCCUGGGGGGCCCAUCACUACUUUGUUUAACAUGAGCAUAAGCAUGAAAGAGAGGCAUGACUCGGUGGGGAGCCAUGGGGAGGACUUCAGCAAAGUGUCUCAGAACCCAAUUCUCACCAGUUUAUUGCAGAUCACAGGCAAUGUGGGCUCAGCCCUUGGCUCAAGCCCAACCCCUCCCCACCACACACCACCACCAGUAUCCUCCCCAGCAAGCAACACCAAGAACCACCCCAUGCUCAUGAACCUUCUGAAGGAGAAUCCCCCUCAGGAUUUCUCCAGCCUCUAUGGGAGCAGCCCUCUGGAAAGGCAGAACUCUUCCUCUGGCUCCCCCCGGAUGGAAAUUCCUGGGGGGAAUAAGCAGAAGAAAAAAAAGUCCCGCGUGCCAGCCGACAAACCCAAGCACCAGACUGAGGAUGACUUCCAGAGGGAGCUCUUCUCAAUGGAUGUUGACUCCCAGAACCCCAUUUUUGAUGUCAACAUGACUGCAGAUACCCUGGACACCCCCCACAUUACUCCAGCCCCCAGCCAGUGCAGCACUCCUCCUGCUACGUACCCCCAGCCCAUCCCUCACACGCAGCCCAGCAUUCAGAGGAUGGUUCGGCUCUCCAGCUCGGACAGCAUCGGUGCCGACGUCACCGACAUCCUCUCGGACAUAGCAGAGGAGGCUUCCAAGCUCCCCCCCACCACUGAGGACUGUCCACCCAUUGGUACUCCAGUGAGGGACUCUUCCAGUUCAGGCCAUUCCCAGAGUGCCCUCUUUGAUCCAGAUGUGUUUCAGAGCAACGCCAGCGAGAACCCCUACACGGACCCUGCGGACCUGAUCGCGGACGCUGCCGUCAGCCCCAACAGUGAUUCCUCCAACCAUUUCUUUCCCGAUGGUGUAGAUUUCAACCCUGACUUGCUCAACAGUCAGAGUCAGAGCGGCUUCGGGGAGGAAUACUUUGAUGAGAGCAGCCAGAGUGGAGACACGGAUGAUUUCAAGGGUUAUGCAUCCCAGGCUCUUACUACUUUGGGGGUGCAAGUGUUGGGGGGCGAUGGGGGGGACAAUAAAUUCAAGGGGAGCACUCAGUCUGACACGGUAGACUUCAGUAUUAUUGCAGCUGCAAGCAAAGCACUGGGGUCCUCGGACAUCAUGGAGCACCACAGCGGAGGGCAGAGCCCUCUGCUGAACACAGGGGAUUUAGGGAAAGAGAAGUCUCAGAAACGGGUAAAGGAAGGCAAUGGCUCUGGAAGUAACAUGGCAGGAGCCGGGAUAGACGGGAAGCCUGGGAAGCGGAGCCGGACGCCCUCCAGUGAUGGCAAAAGUAAAGAGAAACUUCCCAAGCGGAAGAAGCAGGAGACAGAUGGGAAAUCCCCGUCUCACAGUUCAUCCAACAGGCCUUUCACACCACCAGCAAGCACAGGUGGGUCCAAAUCUCCUGGGAGCUCGGGCAGAUCUCAGACUCCUCCUGGUGUAGCUACUCCUCCUAUCCCCAAAAUCACCAUUCAGAUCCCAAAAGGAACAGUGACUGUUGGCAAACCGUCUUCGCACGGCCAGUACACAAGCAGUGGCUCCGUCACCUCCUCCAGCGGCAAAAGCCAUCACAGCCAUUCUUCCUCCUCCUCCUCUUCUUCCUCCUCUUCAACCUCAGGCAAGAUGAAAAGCAGCAAAUCGGAAGGGUCUUCAGGCUCCAAGAUGAGCAGCAGCCUCUACUCGGGCCAAGGCAGCUCGAGUUCAGGGCAGUCCAAAAGCUCAGCCCAGUCAGUGGGAAAACCGGGAUCCUCCCCCAUCACCAAACACGGCCUCAGCAGCGGCUCUGGGAGCACCAAGAUGAAACCUCAAGGGAAGCCAUCGUCACUUAUGAACCCGUCCAUGAGUAAACCAAACAUCUCCCCAUCUCACUCGAGACCCUCGGGAGGUUCUGAGAAGCUUGCUUCUCCCAUGAAACCAGUCCCAGGUACUCCGCCAUCAUCUAAAGCGAAGUCACCGAUCAGUUCAGGGUCUGGAGGCUCCCACAUGUCUGGGACUGGCUCAAGCUCAAGUAUGAAGUCGUCUUCAGGAAUGGGAUCCUCUGGGUCGAUGUCUCAGAAACCACCUCCUUCAUCGAAUUCCUCGACGGCGUCCUCAUCUUCCUUUUCAUCCAGUGGGUCUUCCAUGUCUUCGUCUCAAAACCAGCAUGGAAGCUCCAAAGGCAAGUCUCCAAGCAGAAACAAGAAGCCAUCUCUGACUGCAGUCAUAGACAAGCUUAAACAUGGGGUUGUCACUAGCGGGCCUGGUGGAGAUGACCCAAUGGAUGGACAAAUGGGGCCAAGUUCCAAUUCCUCAAGCCAUACGAUGUCCUCCAAACACAACAUGUCUGGAGGGGAGUUCCAGGGCAAACGUGAGAAGAGUGACAAAGAGAAAUCUAAAGUCUCUGUUUCUGGGGGAUCUGUUGACUCUUCCAAGAAAACUUCGGAUUCUAAAAGCGUUGGAAGCACCGGCGUGGCCAAAAUCAUCAUCAGCAAACACGAUGGUGGUUCCCCCAGCAUUAAAGCCAAAGUCACUUUGCAGAAACCUGGGGAAGGAGGUGGGGACAGCCUCAGGCCUCAGAUGGCUUCUUCCAAAAGCUAUGGGUCCCCUCUCAUCAGCGGCUCGACCCCAAAGCACGAGCGCUGCUCUCCCAGCCACAGCAAGUCGCCUGCAUACACUCCCCAGAACAUCGACAGCGAGAGCGAGUCGGGCUCCUCCAUAGCAGAGAAAUCCUACCAGAACAGCCCCAGCUCCGACGAUGGCAUCCGGCCCUUACCCGAGUACAGCGCCGAGAAACACAAGAAGCAUAAAAAAGAGAAGAAGAAAGUGAAGGACAAAGACCGGGACAGGGAGCGGGAGCGGGAGAAGGACAGGGACAAGAAGAAGUCGCACAGCCUGAAGCCAGAGAGCUGGUCCAAGUCGCCCAUCUCAGCUGAGCAGCCUCUGGCCAUGGGCAGCAGCUCCAUCCUUGCUUCCGAGCGUCCGCCCCGUGCCAGCCCCGAGUUCCUCAUCGGGGAGGAGGACGAUGAUCUGAUGGAUGUGGCUCUGAUUGGUAACUAAUAUCCCUAAUGCCUGGAAGAAAUGAGCUCUUGCAGGCUCUCCAGGUUCCACAUCCCCCUGCAAACCUGCUGCGCUGCUCAACAGGCUGUGUGUGAAAAGGGGGGAACAAAAAGUAUUCCCAAGGAUCUCCAAAGACAAAGGAAAGCACCAGUGCCAGCAGCUCCCUCGGGAUCCAGGUCCUGACUGUGGCCUUCACCCUGCUGGCGCUUACACUUGGCUUUAAUAAGUAUUAAUAACCCCGUUAGAGUUCAAUGGGUGUGAAGCAAAGUGUAUGGGAACAGACCCCAGAGUGGUGCAAGC